GCACCGCUUCCGGCCGUAGAACGGAGGAACGGUGGAAGGAGCCGGAAGUCCGGUGGGCUCCAGGCGUCGCGAUGGAGGAGAGCGGGUACGAGUCGGUGCUGUGUGUCAAGCCUGACGUCCACGUCUACCGCAUCCCUCCGCGGGCUACCAACCGUGGCUACAGGGCCGCGGAGUGGCAGCUGGACCAGCCAUCAUGGAGUGGCCGGCUGAGGAUCACUGCAAAGGGGCAGAUGGCCUACAUCAAGCUAGAGGACAGGACCUCAGGGGAGCUCUUUGCUCAGGCCCCAGUGGAUCAGUUUCCUGGCACAGCUGUGGAGAGCGUGACGGAUUCCAGCAGGUACUUCGUGAUCCGCAUUGAAGAUGGAAACGGGCGACGGGCGUUUAUUGGAAUUGGCUUCGGGGACCGAGGUGAUGCCUUUGACUUCAAUGUUGCAUUGCAGGAUCAUUUCAAGUGGGUGAAACAGCAGUGCGAAUUUGCAAAACAAGCCCAGAACCCAGACCAAAGCCCCAAAUUGGACCUGGGCUUCAAGGAGGGCCAGACCAUCAAGCUCAACAUCGCAAACAUGAAGAAGAAGGAAGGAGCAGCCGGGAAUCCCCGAGCCCGGCCUGCCAGCACAGGAGGGUUGAGCUUGCUUCCCCCUCCCCCAGGGGGCAAAACCUCCACCCUCAUCCCUCCCCCUGGGGAGCAGUUGUUGGUGGGGGGAUCCCUCGUCCAGCCAGCAGUUGCCCCCACUUCAGGAGGUGCUUCUGUACCCUGGCCACAGCCCAAGCCUGCCACCGCUGCCACCGCUGACAUCUGGGGAGACUUUACCAAAUCUACAGGAUCAACUUCCAGCCAGACCCAACCAGGCUGGGUCCAGUUCUGACCUGAGCACAAUUUUUCCUCAUGUGACUUCUGGGAAGGAGCUCCCUCAUCUGGGCCAAAGGAAGGAGGGCGAAGCAUUCCUCAGCUGGCCUGUGUUUGGAGCAUGAAUCUCUCCUCUCUCCUUGCCUGGCUCUGUUGACAAACUGGGCAUGUCUGGCAGUAAAUUGGCAUCGUGUCACACUGUUUCCUGGGAUUCAAGUAUGCAACCAGUACACCAAAGAAGAAAAGCUCCAGGAUCCCUGUCCCCAUCUGUCCUCUUGACAUGAGAGAGACCCUGAGACUUCUUCUAUCGCAUUGACACGUAUUAAACACAAGCCCCUAAAGCAAAAGAAUGGGUUGAGUUUGCUGCCUGGAUUCAGAUCAGCCCUUCCUGAUCUGCAGGUGUCAUGUAAUCACUGUUCAGUGGGGGGCUUUCUUUACCCACACUGGCUGUAGCCACUUCAGUCCAUCUGUCCUUACAGAGGAGGGGCUCCUUCCUGAUUUUUAGCAGGUUUAGAGGCUACAGCUUGAGCUUAGGAGGGAAAUUGGAAGGAUUAAGCAGCUUUUAAAAAUGUUUAAAUGUUUUGCUUUGCUAAUGUGCUGAUCCUCACUAACUCAUCUUUGCAAAAAGAACUGCUCCCUCAGUGUGCUCCAGCGGUGUCUCUGAAGGCAUUCCUCACUGUCAGUGGCUGCCCUGAGUUUCAGGCAGCAGUGUUCAUCUCUGGCCAGUUGUCUGGUUUCCAUGUAUUCUAGACCAUUUAGGCAACACAGAGCCAAGGCGGGUGCUGGAAGCCGGCUGGAAUGGUGUUGGGGCAGGAAGGUGGAAGCUGUCGGCGUGGAGCUGUGGGAGUCAGCACUCCUGUCAGCUCGCGGCCCUCUGGGCUCACUGAUUCACAACGCAGCUCCUGGCAGACUUGGGUUUCUCUCUGGUGGUUUCUAAAGUGCCUUAUCUGCAAACAACUUCUUUCUUUUCUCCUUCAGGAACUGUGAAUGACUAGCCGAAGGAGCUCAGUAAACUAGAAGUCCAGGGUUGCUUGGAUUACUGGCUUGUAAGAAAUCUGAACGCACCUCUGAAAUUCCUUUUAUCAACUUACCUCUCAGUUGAAAGAUUUCUUUUUUCAAGGGUCAAGACCAUGAACUGAAAAAAGUGUUGGCCUUUUUGUGGGACCAAAUUUUUAAGAUAAAAUAAAUAUUUUUACUUCUGUCA